UGGCGCCGCUGCCUGUGCGGGGCCUCCUUCCGGCUAGCGAAAGGCAGCCGGCAGCUGCUCUGGACCCAGCGCAGCGGUGCCGAGGGAGCCGGUGGGCUGCUACAUCCAGUGAAUGUGGGCGGGAGAGGGCUGCAGAACAGGGAGAGGAAGCCCGCGCCCCACUCCUGCCACUUGGGGACUGUCAGACCCUGGAGGACGGAGCUGGCCCACGAAAACGCCCCGCUCCCGGGAUGCCCAGGUAGGGUCGCUGGGCCUGAGGAACGAGUGGACACAUCCAGAGCGGGAGCCCAGGAGUGAGUGGGAGCUGUGGAAUUCUCGUGGUGCUGUGGAAUUCUGGUCUCGUGGACACUGCUGGAGGGAAGCCUGAAACCAAACAACUCUUUACAGGCUGCAGGCUCAGGAGAUGCCCGGGACAAGGAGGCCACCGUCUCAGGGCAAAAGGAAAAGGAGGUGACAGGCGUCGAGACCACUGAAGGGACCCCAUGGCUAGGAUCAGUUUUUCCUACCUCUGUCCAGCCUCAUGGUACUUCACUCUGCCUACAGUAAGCCCAUUUCCUCGUCAGCGAGUGGCACUCCUGGGACUCUUUUUCAUAUCUUGUCUCUUUUUACUUUUGUUAAUCACGGACUUUCAACAUUGGGGUGCUUCAUUACCACGAGAUAAGCAAUAUGAAAGGUAUUUGGCCCGAGUAGGGGAGCUUGAAGCUACUGACACUGAAGACCCAAAUCUGAAUUAUGGACUUGUUGUGGACUGUGGCAGCAGUGGCUCCCGGAUUUUUGUUUAUUUCUGGCCAAGACAUAAUGGGAACCCCCAUGACUUGCUGGACAUCAAACAGAUGAGAGACCGCAACAGCCAACCAGUGGUUAAAAAAAUCAAACCAGGAAUCUCUGCAAUGGCGGAUACUCCAGAACAUGCCAGUGAUUACCUUCGUCCUCUGCUGAGCUUCGCUGCUGCUCAUGUGCCUGUGAAGAAGCAUAAGGAGACCCCCCUUUAUAUCCUGUGCACAGCGGGCAUGAGGCUUCUCCCUGAGAGGAAGCAGUUGGCUAUCUUGGCUGAUCUAGUGAAAGAUUUACCACUGGAAUUUGACUUCCUCUUUUCACAGUCUCAGGCAGAAGUGAUCUCUGGGAAGCAGGAAGGAGUUUAUGCGUGGAUUGGAAUCAACUUUGUUUUGGGAAGAUUUGACCAUGAGGAUGAAUCAGAUGCUGAGGCUUCUCAGGAAGUGGCGACAGGACGCAGAAGAACAGUAGGGAUAUUGGAUAUGGGAGGAGCCUCUCUCCAAAUUGCUUAUGAAGUUCCUACCUCAACCUCUGCCCUUCCUGCAAAACAGGAAGAAGCUGCCAAAAUCCUGCUGGCUGAGUUCAACCUGGGCUGUGAUGUGCAACACACUGAGCAUGUGUACAGGGUUUACGUCACCACCUUUCUGGGUUUUGGAGGCAACUUUGCCCGGCAGCGCUAUGAAGACCUUGUGCUGAACGAAACUCUUAAUAAAAACAGACUGCUGGGCCAAAAGACAGGUCUGAGUCCUGACAAUCCAUUUCUGGAUCCUUGCCUGCCAGUGGGACUCACAGACGUGGUGGAGAGGAACAGCCAGAUCUUGCAUGUCCGCGGUAGAGGAGACUGGGCGACUUGUGGGGCAAUGCUGAGCCCCCUGCUGGCUCGCUCCAACACCAGCCAGGCCUCGCUGAACGGCAUCUACCAGUCACCCAUUGACUUCAACAACAGCGAGUUCUACGGCUUCUCUGAGUUUUUUUACUGUACAGAGGAUGUGUUGCGCAUCGGAGGCCGUUACCAUGGGCCAACAUUCGCCAAGGCUGCUCAGGAUUACUGUGGCAUGGCUUGGUCAGUACUCACCGAGAGAUUCAAGAAUGGCCUGUUUUCAUCACAUGCAGAUGAGCAUCGACUCAAGUAUCAGUGUUUUAAAUCAGCUUGGAUGUACCAAGUCCUACAUGAAGGAUUCCACUUUCCCUAUAACUACUCAAACCUACAGACUGCUCAACUGGUAUAUGACCGAGAAGUUCAGUGGACGCUGGGAGCCAUUCUAUAUAAAACACGUUUCUUACCACUCAGGGAUCUUCGACAGGAAGGUGUCCGACAAGUCCAUGGUAGCUGGUUGCGCCUCUCUUUUGUGUACAACCACUAUCUCUUCUUUGCCUGUAUCCUGGUGGUGCUACUGGCCAUCAUCCUGUACCUUCUGCGGCUCCGCCGCAUUCACCGCCGACAAACUCGAACCUCGGCUCCGCUGGACUUGCUGUGGCUUGAAGAGGUGGUGCCCAUGAUUAGAGUACAGGUGGGACCAUGAGGCCAGACCAGGACUAGAGGAGCCUGAGCUCCCACAGCUGCCACUCACUGAAUCCCUCCACUUUCUUGUGCUGGUCUCAGAUGCUGCCUUGCUGGACAUCGUGGAUAUUUUCCCUUGGAAUUCCUGCUUCAAUUUCUUCAUUAAUUCCUUUUCAGUUCCUCUUCUCUGAGAGAAGCUGUGAUUUAGUCUGUGAUGAGAGAUUGGUGCUAACACAGGGGACCAUGCUUUGUCCAACUGAAGCAUGCUUCAACUCCUUUAUCUGAGCGGUCUAUUGUGUUCCUAGGAUCUCGCCUUUUCUUCCCUUGCUAACGCAUGAGGUUUAGCAUUGAGCACACUAGAAGCCUGGUUGAAACCAAACUUGGAGCAUCUGAUUCAAAGCCAGACACAUUCUAGCAAAUGCAGCAGCCUCUUCUUUCUCUGUAACAGAGAUAUCAUUUAUGUGGAGAUCCACAGCCUUUACUAGGGAAUCCAAGAUCUUUGGAGUUCAAAGGACCAGAUGUGAAUUUCCAGACAACCAAAAUAACAUAACUUCCUUGCUUACUUGACAAAGAAGCCAUGUAGGUGUGAUCCAAGAUCUCUGACAUAGUAUUGCUGAUGUUAGUACGUGAUUUUAAAAUUAGAACCUGUUCAAAAUGAAUGGUCUAUGGAAGAUUUUAUAUCUUACCUGAUGCCUGGUAUGACCAGGGUGGAAAAUUUUUCCAUGUCUGUGUGCCUCCAGGCUGUUUGGGCAUUAAUUUUGCUUUUUGAGCCUUAAGUAUGCUUAUAUGAUGGAGAAAUUGUGAUGGGGACAGAGGACCUGGAUUUGUCUGUCCCCUAGGCCUAUUUUUACGAGCUCCUAUACAAGAAGAUUCAAAGACAAUUCUUUCAUUUCACUGAUGUGAUCAAUAUAUAGUUUGGGAAGAGAUGUAUUUGGGUUGUUUUCAAAGGAAAGAACAAUAUCAGAAGAGUGGACAAAGGCAAUAAAAACAAUUGUCUUAUUUAUUAUUUUUGAGAAACAGACGUUUUCUCAAUUUUGACUCUUGGAAUGUGUGAAAGUGAGCAAAUUCUAAUCUUUGAAAUAGAUGAAUCUGUUAAUAAGCCAUCUGGUAACUUCAAGAACCUCUGUCGAGAAAGAUUACCCAGUCACAAACAGUACUUCUAUUAAUGAGGAGAGAGGAAAAGCCAUAAGAUUAUAACAACAUUUGUAUUUACUAUUCUACAGGAGCUUUGCUUCUCCUCCACAUUUAGCCUUUAUUAUUAUUUUUUUUAAUUUAUUCUUUUUUUGAGAUAGAGUCUCACUUUGUGGCCUUUGGUGAAGUGCCAUGGUGUCAUAGCUCACAACAACCUCAAACUCCUAGGUACAAGUGAUUUUCUUGCCUCAGCCUCCCGUGUAGCUGGGACUACAGGGACCCACCAUAACGCCUGCCUACUUCUUUUAGAGAUAGGGUCUCGCUCAGAUUGGUCUCAAACUCUCGAGCUCAGGCAAUCCACCUGCCUCAGCCUCCCAUAGUGCUAGGAUUAUAGGGGUAAGCCACCAGACCUGGUUACAUUUAGCCUUUAAAUUGCAUGAGGAUUUCUUUUUCAUCACCUCCCCCACAGGGUCUAUUUUUCCCCCAGAUUGAUGUAAAGAUACAAAUGAGUAGGUUAGAUUACAUUGUUUGUGUUUGUUAGGUAGAGUCUAAAUUGUAGUUGUGUUCUUCACCCAGGUGUGCCACGUAUCACUCCAUUGUGCCUGUUAGGAGAAAGCACACCAAGCCCCCUCCUUCUUCUCCCCCCCAACUUGAAAAUGGUUGUUUUUCUUUCAUGUGGGUGUGUAGAUGUUCAUUUGCUGAUUUCAUAUUGGUACUGAGUACACUGGAUACCUGCUUUAAUAUAGUCUUCUUGAUACCUUUCCUAUAUGUAGCCUUGAAAGUCCUGUCUGUGAAUAUGCCCCAGGGUUGAAGUUUUCUUUCUUUUCUGUUGCCUUUUGAUUUCUAGGAUUAGAUGAGCAGGGGAAAGAUCCCAGACUUCAAAGAAAAAAAAGUGGAGAUUUUAAAAAAUAAAUUCCAUAGUAGAAGCUGAAAGGAAUUAAUUUGCUUAAUAGAACAGAGAAAAAGAAAUCAAGAGCCUCCUGAAACUAAACUAAGGUGAGAAUAAGUACACUGAUUCUUGGUUGGUAGGUGAAAGGGUGACGAGCCUUGAAUUUUCAACUUAGAUAAACAUAGAUCUAGCACAGACUCUUAGAGUUUCCGCUGGAAGUAUGUUUUACCUUUCAUUGCUGUCAUUGCAAUUUCCUUUCAUUUUUAAGACCUUUAAAUUGACUUUUCUUUUUAAUUAAAAUUUUUUUUCAAUUGUUGGGGAUUCAUUGAGGGUACAAAGAACCAGGUUACAAUGAUUGCAUUUGUUAGGUAAAUUCCCUUUUAUAAUUGUGUCCUGCCCCCAAGAGGUGUGUCACACACCGUGAGCCCUCCACGCCCCCUUCCUGACUUGAUUUUCUUUUAUGUCUUAUCAUUGUGUCCUAUGAGUGGGUCCUCACCUUAUGAAUGAUGCUUAAAAAUAAUGUCAGAAUGUUUUUGCUAUCCAUUGCCUAUUCAGGUAACUUUUUCUUUUUCCCUUAUCAUAGCUUCCAAAUACUAUUUUUUGUUUUCUUGUGAUAUCUAGUCAAAAGCUACCUGACUGGCUAACAGUGAUCUACUCGUGUGCUCAAAAUGAAGUUGAAGCAGGGAGGAAGGAAGUCAUUAGCCCAAUUUGAAAGCUCUUAUUAGUAAAGUUAUUCUCCAUCCACAUUGUAAUAAUAAUAGUUUUCAUUUGUUAAAUACUAUGUACCACACAAUCUGUUAAGAAUUUUGUGUGUAAUUCAAUCAUUAUAAUUGUUCAGAUUGAUAUUAUGUUUUUAUAGUUGAAAAUCUCAGGAUAUCUACAUUUAUCAUUUUUUCAGUAUAAAUACAUUUCUUAUUCUUAAUUUAUUUUAACUAGUCUUUGAGUUUUUGUUUAGUGUGCUAUAGCUUAUUAUUUUAAUGUUAUGGGAUCCAGGUUUGUCUUUAUUAGCAUGAGUAAGACUUCCCAGAGUUCUAUAGUAGAAAAAUCAGAAGGAAAAAUUUUUAUCAUACCCCACAGAGGGACUGAGUAUUUGCUCUUGGUAUUGGGUCUUAUGCUUCUUCCAUUCUCCCAAUUAAUAGAUUUUAAAUGAAAUCUCAUUAGCUAGAAACAGAAGCCAUUUAUGCCUUGCUGAGGGCUAAUUACUUAAAUUUAUUACUUCCUCAUAGUGAAAUCUAUCUUGCCAUGCCCUUCACCCUCUUUUAGCUUUCAGUUUUUGAAUAUUUCUUUUCUAUUUGUAUCUCUGCACUUUAAGUGGUUCCCCUGUGAAGAUAAUAAUGGGGUUAUAAAAUUCACACUCUUAUUAAUUCCUGUGAAUCUUACCAACCACUCAACUUAACAGCAACAAUGAACCUGAAUUGUUACAGUACGUUUGUUAAUACUGAGAACAGGUCACAAAUGUCAACAUUGGAGUCAGUGGCUUAGAAUAGUGAUGCUUAUUAGUCUUGUGAUGGCACAAUCCAUUAUUUUCCCCUGAAUUCUUGUCACUAGAACAUAAUGAAAAUAACAUACAAUCCCCACUUAUGUGGCAUUACACUCACUUCAGUUGCAGUCAACUCUAAGCCAAAUUAUACCACCUUUCUCUCCAUACCCUAGCUCUUUGAAUUCAAUUUCCUUGGUCUGGGAAAUUUUAAUCACUUUCCCCAACCUUAUGGGGAAAGUGCAAGACUUUAUAUUCUGCAAGAUUUUAUAUUCUCUAAACAUCAUCCAUAGCGUUCUGCCCCUCUUCCUUCUCAACCUAAGAGCUUCCUAUAAAUUCAAGGCUGUGGGUACUGAUUGGCUGACUGGAAGUCUGCCAUGUACUUGCUAAGCUAGUCUUUAGGAUUAACACCUACCAUAUCCACAUUUACAUUUUUGAAAUAACUUAUACUUCUCACUGGUAUUAUCUAAACAGAUGUUUCCCCUCUACCCUGUUUUCUGUUUCGCUUUUUGUCAGGGGUGAAAAGACAAAUGGGUGGUAUCAUUUAAAGGAAAGAACGCUGGACUUAAUAAUAAUGAAUGGAUUCUAGUCCUGACUUUGUCAUUUUAGCUCAGGUACCCCAGGCAAGUCACUUGUUCCCUUUCCUUCACUUCUUAUCUAUAAAAUAAAAUGGCUAGACAAGAUAAGGAACCAAAGGCAGGAAAUAAGAUAGAAAAUCUCAGGGUUUCUGGAAGAGGAUUUUGGCCUUUGAUUUAAAAGACCAGGCUACCCAAAAGAAACACCUACUUUGGGCGGCGCCUGUGACUCAGUCGGUAAGGCGCCGGCCCCAUAUACCGAGGGUGGCGGGUUCAAACCCAGCCCCCGCCAAACUGCAACAAAAAAAUAGCCGGGCGUUGUGUCCCAGCUACUCGGGAGGCUGAGGCAGGAGAAUCGCCUAAGCCCAGGAGUUGGAGGUUGCUGUGAGCUGUGUGACGCCACGGCACUCUACCAAGGGCAAUAAAGUGAAACUCUGUCUCUACAAAAAAAAAAAAAACAACACCUACUUUAUCCAUAGUCCCUGAUGUUAAUGGUUGACGGGAAUGGAGUUUCCAACAGCAAUUAUUAUAAAUAAAUUUCCAGAAUUUUAGAGGUCUUCUGGGUGAUGAAAUUGAGUUUCAGGACAGUUGUCAUAUGUGCAAAGUCACAGCGAAUGGCCUCUUGGACCUGAAGUUUCUCUGUUCUAACAACUUUUACACCACAGCGAAAUGUUUAUUGACAUACUACUUCUGCAAGUGUAUUUCAAUGGAAUCUAUUCUUUAUAAUACAGCUAGCUGUAAUUAAACCAUGCCCAGUCUUUAUAACUGCUUCUGAUAGUCAUCUGUAAUUGCUUUGCUCAGUUAAUAAUAAACUUCAAGACCUUGUUAGAAAUAGUGCCAAGUUUCCACUACAUCUAUUCUAGUUUUUUUAAUACUUUUAAAUUUUAGAUGUCUCUUUCAAAUGAUUUGCUUAAUUUUACAUAAUUUUCUUAACCACAGCAUCCAAGCAAUUCAUAAGGUGGUUACAAUGUAAAUGAGGAUAUAAAUGCCUAUUAGAGCUACAUCACUAAGGAACUUGCUUAUAAUUCUUGUGCAGUUUCUACACUCCCUUACAGAAACAGAGCUGUUGAUAAACUGGUUAUCCUAAAAGCAUUAUCAUUACUGUUUGUCUUUGCAACCAACAUCGCUUUAGGCAGUUGCUAAUCAUUACCCCUGCUACAACAGACAGCACUUGCCAAUGUAAGUUAAAGACAAAAAUAUCUGGGUUGACUGAUUAAGAAAGCCAUAAAUUUUAUUUAUUUAUUUAUUUAUUUAUAUAUUUUUGAGACAGAGCCUCAAGCUCUCACCCUGGGUAGAGUGCCAUGGCAUCAUAGUUCAUAGCAACCUCCAACUCUUGGGCUUAAGCGAUUCUCUUGCCUCAGCCUCCCAAGUAGCUGGGACUACAGGCGCCCGCCACAACGCCUGGCUAUUUUUUGGUUGUAGUUGUCAUUGUUGUUUGGCAGGCCUAGGCUGGAUUUGAACCCGCCAGCUCUGGUGUAUGUGGCUGGCGCGGUAGCCACUUGACCUACAGGCGCCAAGCCAAGCCAUAAUUUCCUUCAUGUUAUAAAAACAAUUGACAGAACUUUUGAGAGACCUCUGAGAAUACUAAGGAAAAUUCAUUUAAUGCUACAGUUAUGUGAUGAACUUCUUUUUAAAGAGGUGUUUUGGACAUCAGUCUGCAACCAUCCAUUUCUACUAAUUCACUCAUUCAAUAUUUAGUAUGUGUUUGGUGGUGCUAGGAAUAAUACAAAAUACAAAAAUUAUUAAGAUAAUCGCUGUUCACGAAGAGCUCAUCAAUAGCAUAAUAUAGUUACAUAGCUAAAUGUAACCAGGUCUGUUUUUCAAAUGUAGUCAUCAUCUGUAAUUAAAGAAGAAUGAAGUAAAACAUCUGAAACAUGAACUUACAAGAGUUGCUACUUUCUUGGAGGGAAGUGUAGAAGCAUUAACAUGUGGUUCUUUGGGUCAUACUGCCCUCUGCUGACUCAAUUACUAUAUUAACUAAGGACAACCUGGGCUUGAGGGAUCAGGAGAAGAUUGUGUGGAAAACUGCCACCGUUGACUGCAGUUCCUUCUUUAAAGAAUUCUAUAUAGAGCAGAUGACAUCCUAUUAGCAUACAUCAUAACAGGAUCAACAGAUUAAAUGAUGGGGUGCGGUGGAAAUUUGAAGGGAAUGGGAAUAGGCUGGUCAGAACUUUCUAAGGUAACUAGGCUAUUAGAACCUAAGCCAGUGGUCCCCAAACUUGUCCAUGCGUGGUAAUCACCCAGGGACCUUAAAAAAUAUGCCUAUUACUGCUCCCAGAUAUUGUGGUUUAGUUGGUCUUAGAUAAGGCUUGGGCUUUGGGAUUUUAAGAGUCAAUGUGAGAGAAGCUGGGAAGCAUUUCUAGGCAACAGUGUAAGUCCACCAGGGUACAAUAAUUUGGAAAAAUCAAAGUCAAACUAUCCUGUUUACCUUUGUUUUGCUAAGAAGCACCUGAGAAUGAUCACGCUGAAACUCACAGAAUACUGGAAUUGGGAGGGAAAUGAGAUCAUCUAGUUCACAGAGUGCAAAUGGGCAAACCUGAGGGCAAUAGCUCCCAGACAUGUUAAACCUGCAUAGUAUUUUUGAAACUUGAAAUUAGUUGCCAACACUUAAUUGAGAGCUUUCACAUAAAAUCUAGAUAUCUGGCUUCUUUAAAAAACCAGAUCUGAUAACUUUAGACCUGCAAAGCAGCAGCAGGCCAGAGCUUACUAGUCGUUUAAUAGGAGUACCCUCUAAAUAUUUACCUAGUGGUCCUUGCCCUGCUUACAUUGGGUACCUAGAGUGAAAUGCAAAAUUUCCAUUCCAAUUAUGGCUAGUGGGACUUCUAUUGAUAAAACCUGUAGUACAUUAAGUUUUCUGUGUAGUCAUGUGAUAACAACAUAAAUAGUUCAUGUUGAACCUAAGGCCAACUGAAACCCCCUAGUCUUUUUUUAUAUGAAGUCAGGUUUCUUCACCCCAAACUUAUAAAGCUAAUUUAAAUGAAUAUGUUACAUUUAUAAUCUGUUUUAUUUCAUCUUGAUGGGGUCAUUCUGGGAUGCUUUAGAGUUGUCACUGUCAUCUAUUAGUAUUGUUGGGUCGCCCAAUUCUCAAAUCAGAUGUUUCUGAUGCCUUCCAAGUCACUGAUUUAAAAAAUAAAAUUAAAUAAGACAGAGCCUGUGAAAUAUCAAUGAAGACCAAAAUCACACCAAUUUAGUAGUCAACAAUUAGUUUAAAUAUCUAAAUAGAUGUCAGUGUACUUCACCAUCAAGGUCAUCUUUUUUUAAUCAACAAGGCUAUUAGGAAACACUUUCAGGUGCCAAUUUAUACUGUCUAAUCCACUCCUAGCAAUGUAACACACUAUCAAUAGAAGAAUGAGGUUAAGUGCUUGAUAGAUCCAAGUGGAUUAAUUACAAUUACCUCACUUCUCAAAUACUUGUAAAUCAUUCUGCUGCACAGACACAUUAAGCUUGUCAAAAUCUGAUUCUCUCCC